UGGCAGAGGAUGCAUAAAGAUGACGGAUAUGUGAUCAGUUCUAUUGGGUGAUUAAUAUAACUUCAUUUUGUUUGGGCCAAAACGUUUAUUAGUUAUGUCACCUGACGAAAAGGGACGUAAUCGAAAGUUCUCUAAAAAAAUGGACAAGGAGAUAAUACAUAGUGGUCAUUUUAUGGUAUCCGAGAUUGACGAAGAAGACGACUCAGCUGUACCCCUUAUUGGAGUACAUGGGUCAGCUAACGAUAACAUUAACAGUGAUAAAAAUCCCAUGUCUGUCGUGCCUCGGAAUGUUAGCGCAAGGGUCAGAGGUUACGAUUUUAAUUAUGCCUGCAAAGAAACUUUCAAAAAUUACCAUUUCGCACCUCGAAGUUCUCAUUCAAUAUCAAUUGAUGCAUCUUUGACAAAACUUUUCGAAUGUAUGACAUUAGCUUAUUGUGGACAACUGACAUCUCCACGAUGGAAAACUUUUAAGGGGCUUAAGUUCCGGUUAAAAGAAAAAAUCAGACUGAACAAUAUUAUUUGGAGAGCAUGGCAUAUUCAGUAUAUAUUGAAAUGCAAGCCUGCUAUUUGUCAGUUUGCUUCACCAUUGGAAGGAGACGUGCACAGCACACCAGAGGCAGUUGUCAUGGAAGGAAAGUAUUGGAAGAGAAACUUGACUUCUGUAAUAGCAGAAUAUAUGAAAUGGAGGUUGUUUUUCAAACAGAUGGGGAAACAUCAGAGAGACCCCGACAGAGUAACCCACUCCCUAGAGGUUGAGGAUGACUCAUCUAGAGAUGAAGGACUUGGAUGUUUUACCAUUGAUGAUGACUUAUUAAUGGAGUUCAGUGAUACUCUCUUUAGUUGUCUUCAUCAUAAUCAACCAUUUGACUUGCCUAAUCCUCGAGAAAUUGAUUUUUUAAUGAACAGGUUUCCCACUGUACAGCAAGAUGAUUCCUUACAACAUACCGCAUGUAAUUCAGCCAUAAACCACGUGCCAUCUGUCACUGUGCCUUUGCAAGUCCAGAGUGCCAGCACUGUUUCAAAUAUUCCUCCCAAUGGCCAGAGUGCUUUUUCUUCUUCAAAACUGCAGCAUCAAGACUCCAUAGCUCCACAACUUCAAUUUUUGGAAAACAGUUUUGUCCAAGAUAAUGAAUCAUCUUGUCAAAAUCAACAAACUUCUGUAUCGGUCUCUUCUCCUCCAUUUGAUAUUGGUAAUUCAACUGCUGGUAGAACAGGAACAGAUUUAUCUCUUAUGCUUGGCUCUACUGAUGGUUCUAAUCUUGAAUCACAUCUCCAAACACAGUUUUCUAACUUAUCUCCUACUGUUGAGUCUUUUUAUAUCAGUCAACAACUUAAUUCUACUCAGUCUCAACCAACAUUAGGACUUUUUUCUCCUGCUUAUAGCCACCACCAAACUGUCACACAGUCUGUACCAAUGUUAGAACUCACACCUUCUACUUACAGCUCUGUUUGUACAAUGCCAGUAUUCAGCUCACCAUCUUCUAUUGAGAAAAACCAUCAAACGUUGGUACCACCAGUCAUGCAAUCGUCCAGUGACAAGUGGACUGCAGCAACAGAAAAGCUCAACUUGCAUUCUCAGUCUGUUAGCACCUUAGUACUCGACAAAUUGUAUAGUGAUGCAUAUAGUCCAGAGAGAAUGCAAGAGAUCAGAACCACAACUGCCAAUAAAAGUUGUGUACAACCGAGGCGACAUUCUUUUGCUGGCACAUGGCAGUCACAACAGAAAAGAGCUGGAACAAAAACCUUAGGAAAGAUUACACAAAAAACUCCAUUUGCUGUGCCAAAACCACCUUCAUAUACUCGAGUGCUUUCCAAGUUUCUCCCUUCAACACCUGUCACCGUUAGUAAUCCAGCCACAGCUGAAAAAAAAAUUUCCACAAAUAAUAUUGGAGUUUUUAUACCAGGUACAUCAGCUGUGAUCAGUGCAGCUAGGCUGACAGAAAAUGCUAAAAAAAGGCACAUCAGCUUGAUCAGUGCAGCUAGGCUGAUAGAGAAUGCUAACACAAAAGGUAUGUCAGCUGUGAUCAGUGCAGCUAGGCUGACAGAGGAUGCUAAAAAAAGGCACAUCAGCUUGAUCAGUGCAGCGAGGCUGAUAAAGAAUGCUAACAGAAAGGUGACUUCUGUAAGUGACUUUCAACGUAACUUGCUGGUUGGAGCAGCUAGUCAAGCUUUAAUUGGUCAGCCAGUUACAAGUAAACUACCACAGUCUUCUAUUUACGUCAGCAUAAUCCAUAAUGGUCUGUUUAUUAUUCAGUCUGUACAAAAGGGAGUCCAGAUAACAGAUCACAAAGCUAAAUAUAAGGAACACAGAAGAGUAAGCCACAUUAAUGCAGAACAGAAACGAAGGUGUAAUAUAAAGUAUGGUUUUGAUGCAUUACGUCAACUCAUACCUUCUCUUAGUCAAAAUUCUCACACCAAGUUUACCAAAGCUGUCAUGCUACAGAAAGGUGCUGAAUACAUUCAAUAUUUAAAAUCUCAAAAGCUACAACAACGGGAAGAGAUUCAGGCUCUUCAACAAGAAAUCAAAAGUUUAAAUGAGGACAUAUGUUUGUUCCAACAACAACUGCCAGCAACUGGUGCUCCCGUGAUGCAUUCUCAGUCAACCAAACUGAAGGAGCUAUUUGAAGAGUAUGUACGGCAAAGAACACUUCAAAACUGGAAGUUUUGGGUUUUCAGUUUAAUAAUGGAACGUUUGUUAGAAACGUACAACAACAAUGUCUCCACUGCUAAUGUGGACGAAUUCUGCAGAACUGUACUGGCUUGGUUAGAUCAACACUGUUCUCUUAGUACUUUAAGACCUGGUGUUCUCAGCUCUCUCUGCCAUCUCAGCACCUCCACCAACAUCUUGUCAGAUCCGUCCAAAAUGCCAGAUGAGGCCACAAGAGCAGUUACGAAGAAUGAACCACAGUUUUACUCUUAGCAUUGUUAUUUAACUGGUACUAAAGAAUUUGUUGCUUGCUUUCACAAAUUUUAUUGCUUAAAUUAGUGUACUUGUAUAUAAAAUAGCACAUUUUAAGUGUUUUCUAUUCUAUGUAUAGAUAUAUAAAUACAUAUAAUAAAAGUUAGUAUAUGGAAUUUGUAUGAUAAUGACUGAAUAACACUACUUAACAGUAAACUUGUAAUAAGGUUGUGAGCUAUUGGUUGCAGUACAAACUUGGGCAUGUCCAACUAGUUGCAUAUAGUUUUAUUUCAUAUUUCUAUGCCAAUUUUUUCUCUUUCAAUCUUUAUAUAUUUGUCAACAACUUCAUUAAUCUAAUGGUAGCAAUUAGUUGGAUUGUGUUUCAGUUUUUCUAGUCAUGAGUACCUUUCGUCUUUGUACAAUCACACACACAAAAAAUAACUUCUGCGCCAGUAAUAUAAGUGGUGGUUUUCUUCUGUAUACAAUUGUAAAAAAAGCCUUGUUUAAAGAAUUUCUGAAAACAUGUAUAUUGGAAAUGAUGUAACUGAGACAGUCUUAAGGUUAAGGUUCAUUAUCUUGAAAACAUACUUUAUGAAAUAGUUUUGGUUGAUUAGAAAUUGUUCAACAUUCAAUUCUUGGGAUUUUUUUUUUUUUUUUCACAAUUGUAUUCUGGCAAGUACUAAUUGUAGACAAUAUUGAACUAACAAUCCUUGUUUAUUUUUUAUGUCUGUUAAUAAAUAUGAGAAAAAAAUUUUUAAAUAUUAAUUAUCAAGAUUUAUGUUUUUUUUAAGCAGAAGUCCAAUACUUAACCAGCUAGCUUUGAGCAACUUUAAUGAAAUAUUUGUUUAUUUAAAUAUUAUAAUAUGGAACUUUUUUAUAUAUUUUUCACUUUAUAAAUUUUUUAUUAGAAAUGAUCCAACAAAUAUAGUUGUUUUUGAAGAUCAUUUUAAGUUACAAUAUUCAAAUUCCAAAUAUCAAAUGUAGAAAUGGCAGUGAGUAAAAUGUAGAAUUUGUGGGUUUUUUUGCUUAGAAUUUGUAUAUUUUUCAUUGUAUGAAGUUACGUUUUAUAUAUAGUUAAUAGAUUCUUUAUAGCCUUGAGAUGUCUUAGCUAGCAGAGACAUUUUUGACAGAUUUGUGUCCAUUUGUACAGCAUAGUUUUACCAAGUUACAAGCAUUAACGUUGGUGUUGAUCAUGAACAGUGCGAGUUUAAUAUUAAUGGAAGUUGUAAAAUUCCAAAUAAGAGUUAUUGUUCAUUAAAUAAUAUAUAAUUUGUUUUCUUAUUUGUUGCCUAGAUAUAUAUGAAAAUUAUUUUGAGGGUAAAAUUUUAUAAAUAUUCGCAUAUUAUUCCAAAAUUGGAUUCUGUUAAUACAUUAAGAUAAGUAAUAUGAAAAAAAUAUAUUAAAAAUGUACUGAAUUACACUUACACUUGUUUGCUUAUGUUAAAAAUUUUAUAAAUUAAUACCUUUCAAGCUGUAAAUAAAAAGUUUAAAUAACUUAAUAACCAAAAGAUAAAAAAAAUUUUAUUGACUAUGUGUUUGAUUAUAAAUAUGAACCCCUGUUGGAGAGAAAAUGAAUUUGGUUUCAGUACUAAGUUGUACUUUAUGGCAGUGGGAAAGAACACAAACAUGUUGUUGUUUUAAUGGGAACAAAUGUAAACAGUUAUUUUGUGUGAAUAUUUUUAUUGUUUAUUUUUAUAUAAAGUGUUUGUUUUUUCAACUUGCUCGUCAAGAGAAAUAAUUGCACACAUAUAUGACCUUUUAAAGCUUUGUUUUCAGAUGUUACAAAUUUAUUCUAUUGUUAUAAAAUGACAGUUUUCUAUAGAGUAGUGAUUCAAUAACCAUGGAUGGUUUUCAAGUUGCAUUAUAAUUUGUCGAACUUAACUUGACGAGUUUUUAAAAGGUAAAAAUACGCAGAUAUUAAAAGGAUUCAUUGAGUAUGCUAAUAAAUAUUUUUUUUCUUAACACUUUUUAAUAUCUACAGAAUUAAUUUAUGUAAGUAUAAAUAACAUGAAAAACAUUUCUCCUGUAAAAUCAACAAUCAAGAGAUGGAAAUAAUAGUUUAACACUGAUUUCAUGAAGUUGAAGGUUAGUGUAUAAAUACUGAGUAUAUACACAAUAGUAACUUACUUCGAAGUGUAAAAGUAGCAUCAAAUAUUUCAUAGAUUCACUUUCACCAGAAAAAAAAAAGAAUUUAAAUUUCCUUGUUUAAUUAAAUCAAUCAAGUAUGCCCUAUUAUAUUUAAGUACCAUAGUUUAAAUUAAUUUAUUUUUAAAUAAUCAGAAAAGCUGCUGGUUAAAUGUAUGUUUGCUGUUAAGGUAGUAUAGCCUGGUGUUUAGGGUGCUUGACUCUCAAUCUGGAUGUUUGAAUCCAAUCACUGAAUGUGCUUGCCCUCUCGGCCAUAGGGUUAUUACAUGAUGGUAAAUCCCACUAUUUUUUGGUAAAGAAGAGUAGCUCAAGAGUUUGAAGUGGGUGGUGUUGAUUAGCUGCCUUCCCUGUAGACUACCACUGCUAAAUCAGAGAUGUCUAGUGCAGAUAGCCCUUGUGUAACUUUGCACAGAAUUUAAAACAAACCAAACUUAAAGUAGUUGUUUCUUUAAUAUAUCUAAUCUUCUGUAACAGAAGAUAAAUUCAACUGUAUAUCUUGUAGUAACUUCAUAAAAUUAGUGUAAAAUUUUUUUAGACAUAACCAAAUUUUUUUUUAUUAUUAAAAAUGUCCAUGGCCUAGUGGUUAUUGUUUUGGACUGAGGAUCUAGGGGCUCAUGGUGCAAUGCUUUUGAAUAUGCUUUGCACUUACAACUGUGAGUUAAAAAAUAGAAAGUAGGUCCCCUUAAUUGGUUUAAAGCCCUUGUGGGAACAGAUGCCGUUACUUCUCUCUCCUCUUGUCAGAAUUGCAAAAUUACCAAUGGCUUUACUUAAAUCUCGGGAUUUUCUGGCAUGGCUAUUUAGACUGUAAAAAUAUUGCCAUUCAGAUCUUAAAAUUCCAAUACUAUUUAAAAUUAAAAUAUAGGUUGCAGAUUAGACAAGUUUACUUAUUUUUUUACACACAUCUAGAGUGUUAAUGGUCAGUCAAAGAAGUAUGUAAAUUGCAAUGAAGUUGGUGAUACAUCAUAUGUAUAUCUUAGAGUGAAUCUCUUAAAAAUUGACAUUCAUUUACAAGAGUCAUACAAUGGAGUUGUUUUUAUAUAUAUAUACUACCAUUUUAUGAUCAAUAUCUUAGUUCUUAAGUAGUAUAUAUUUCCAGAAAUAAAGGUUUUAAUUCAUCUACACAAUACAAGUGAUAAGUGUUGCCAAGUCUGCUUAUAAUGAGUAGAAUUGGCUUCUUUGUUUUAGAGUUGCAGGUUACAUUUUUUGGGCUUGUUUUAUUCAGAGGUUGCUCACUUGGGCUUUUUUUUGUAAUAGUUGACUUCAAAACACAGUAAAAUGGUUGUAGGAGUG